CGCACUUUCCUGCUUGUUCGGCCUCAGUUUAACCUUUUGCAUCGUAAGUGUGGUAUUUUAAUAAGAUGUCGCAGUUAUUAUUAGUGCAAAGCCAUACACAUAUUGCAUGUCAGUCAUGGGGUGAAAGACCUUGAAGAAUAACAAGAUUCCAUGCAUGUGCAUGCAUUCGAUACUCUAUAAUUAGUUGAAGCACAUGAAGAAGACGAAUUCACUUAUAUGUGUCAUUUUAAGCUUCGGAUGUUUUAAGAGAAUGGAGCAGAGCAACGAAAAGCAGAGUUAUGCAUUCACACCAGAAACUUGUGAUUUUCAAUAUCAAGCUCUUCCUAAUAUUCUGAGAGACAAUGCAAAAAUAUUUCCAGAUCGUGAGGCUGUUGUUUUCCUAUCAACAACCGGUGAAAGAACUUCCAUUAAAUAUCAAGAACUUUAUGAUCAAGCUAAAUUCUUUGCCAAAGGACUUUUGGAGACGGGAAUAAAAAGAAACGAUGUUGUCGCAAUUUCGAACAAAAACUGUGUAGAAUGGGUUAUCAGUUCACUGGGAGUACAAAUGGCAGGUGGCAUGCCAUUACAUUUCUUUUUUAAGCGUCUGGACGGAUCUGAUUUACUGGAGACACUUCAUGGAAUUCAAAAAUGUACGACAUUAAUUAUCGACCCAGGUGAUCAGGACAAAAAUGUUGACAUAUGCAGAAAAUUUGCAUGUAAUUUCCAACCAGAAGUAAGCAGUUCCAUAUCAAGUAAGGUUUUGGUGGAUUUAUACCAGGUCUUGCUGCUGCAACAUUCUCACAACGGAAUAAAAUGUUCUUCUGUUGCAAACAUAAUAGAAAGGGGGAGAAUUGCAUUGAUCACUCUUCCUUUGAUAUCACCAGAUGACAUUGCAGCAAUUUUUCUUACUUCUGGUAGUACUGGAAUCCCAAAGGCAGUUCCUCAAACACAUCUUUCAUUGGUACGAAGUUUGUAUGGUUUUGGAAAACACAUGGAGCUUGACCCUGGCGCAAGAUAUUACAACGAUCGCCCCUUUAGCUGGACAGGUGGCUACCCUGGCGUAAACAUAGUUCACAAGACCACGCGAAUUACUGCAAGUGAUGUAAUGCACAGGGACUCGGUUAGCAGAUUAAAAUUUUCGCUUGAAGCAGAAAAUUGCACAGCGGCGCUAAUUAUUACCCCUUGUUUACAUGAUAUGAUGCAUACCAAAUUACCGCCAUGUUUGCCAGUUGAAUCAUCAUGUACAAAGGCGGCAGGAGUUAUUGCUGACAAGGUUGUUGUGAUGUAUGGAACAACUGAAUUUGGACUUGGCUCCGCCAUGCAAGUUUCUAGUCCAAACGAUUUUGAAGAUUACGCAAUUGGAUAUCCAACUCCAGGGGUUGAACUGAAAAAAGUAGAUGAUGAUGGAAACAUCGUACCAAAGGGAACUUCCGGAGAAAUAUACUUCCGCAGCAGAGAUCGUUUUCAAGGUUACUUGAAUAAUAAGGGAAAAAGUGCCUUAUGUUCGGAUAAAGCCGGGUGGUAUAAAACUGAUGACAUUGGAGUAAUGAGAGAAAAUGGUAUCUUUAUUGUCAACGGGCGCAAAUCCGAUAUGAUGAUUAUUGGUGGGCUUCUAGUCACCCCUUUGUGUGUUGAAAACAUCAUUAAAAAGCACCCUAAUGUCAUUGACGCUUAUGUCUAUCCAGUCCAUGAUGACAAAAUGUUCCAACGUAUAUAUGCAGCCGUUGUUGUUCAACCAGAAGGGACACUAAGUGAUGAAGCUAUAAGAAAUUAUAUUGUGCAACAGCAAUCUGGAAACCUAGAUUCAUUUCUGGAAAAACGUUAUAUUCCAGAACACUUCUUCUUUUACAAAGAAUUACCACACACCCACAACGGAAAGUUAGACCGAAAAACUACUGCUUUGAUGAUAGAAUUGUCAACUAAAGCUGAAGGGAGCACUUCAAACUGACUUGGUUAAUUAUAGUCAUAUUUUUUUUUAAAUCAUUAUAUUUAAGUAGUUA